AUGCGACGUGUACUCAUUAGACGACUCUUCACACCAGAAAUAACGAUCGCAACAACAAAAACAAAAACAAUAUUGAUAGGCGGUAUUACAGGCAGUAAAACUCCCUUGUUUUGCCGUGGAAGUAGUGCUCUCUGUACUGUAGUAAGAGGGGCUGCAACUUCUGCAAAUACUUUGAAAAAUGCAAAGCAAACAAAGCAGAGUCGAAGAAAGAAAGUUGAAGAAAAAGAGAAUGACACUGAUAAUACUCUAGAAGGAAAAGAAAGAACUCUUGCUAAGGGUAAGAGAACAAAGCGUAUCCAACGUGCUCCUCAAGAAGAAGAAGAAAAGGAAGAAGACUCUAUAGGUGUAUUUACAGAUGAGUCUGGAAAUUAUAUAGAUGAAGGUGCAGGUAUAUGGAGGGAAGAAGAACAAAAUGAGAAGAUGGUUUCAAAUAUGUUAGAUGCUGAUGAUGAAGAUACACAAGUUGAACGUCGUCAUCGUCGUCGGUCAUCUCUUAAAGAGAGUGGUGAAUUAGAAGAAGAAGAAGGAGACGGAGAAAGUGAUGAUCGAGUUUCAGGUCAAUCAUCAAAUAGUGAAGGUAUGAUAUCAUUACAGGAAGAAGAAAGUCGUCUUUUAAUAGACCGUUUCCCAGAUUUAGCAAUAGAAUACGAUAUGGAGGCUAAUAAAGAACCGGUGGAUGAAGUUUUAGUGGAUAGUGCUUCUGUGGUAUGGUGGAAAUGUGUAGAAUGUGAUUUUAGGUGGAAAAGUGGUAUCUUUGUACGUACUUGUUUACGUACAAAAUGUCAACAAUGUGAGAAGCGACGUAAUCCAUGUUUGGGAAGUCGACUUGUUCAACUCUGGGAUCACUCACUGAAUGACCCUUGUAUAGAUCCUAAAACCGUAACUACAAGUAGUAACAAAUCAGCCUAUUGGCGUUGUCCAACCUGUAGUACUAGUUUUCAGGCUCGUAUUAAAGAUAUGGUAGCUGAGAAGGCAAAGUGUCCAUCAUGUUCACUCUUAAAUCUUCAUGCUGACUUUAGUAAAGAUGAAAAUGGAUUAUUACAAGAAUGGCAUCCAUUAAAAAAUGGAGACUUAAAACCAAGUCAAGUUAAACCAACAGAUCAGACAAAGUUGUGGUGGUUGUGUAUGGCUUGUGGACAUGAAUGGGAAGCAACUCUUGCUGUUCGACUUAACAAGUCUAGACGUGGAAAAGGAAGAGAGUGCCCUGUAUGCCAUGGGAAAGGGAAAGAAUAA